CCCCGGAAGUGCGCCGUUACCACAGAGUGAGGCCGGAAGUGUGUGCAGAGCGGGUGGUCCUUCUGGUCCCUGCCCAAUAUUUCCAGGCUCCAGCUGUGUGUGGUCAGUGUCAGAGUGCGCGCCCGGGAAGGAUGAACCCUACAUUCCCGUCACACGCCUCUUACUACGAUGUGAAGAUGAAGAGUAAGCGGAGAAGUCACAAGGAGAAGUACCGGCUGAAGUGCCUGCGGCUGCGGAGAAUCGCUAAAGCCAUGGUGUUUGAAAAUGCGUCUUUCUCUGAUGAAAUUGCACGGAUUGAGAGUAAAUUCAUCAAAGCGAAGGAAGAGAGGAGAUUUUUAUUAAAAAGGCUUCUACAGCUGCAGGCGUUAAGUGAGGAGGAUCCGGCCGGAACUCAUAGUUCCAGCUUAUCUCUCAGCUUCGACAUGGCCGGAAUGAGCGAUGGGAACCUGGACAUGGGCUUGUCCAGCGUGGUUGACGAUGGUCUGGGUAAAAAGCUGAAGAAAGACAAGCGAGAAAAAGGCAAAGAAAACAAGUCGGAAGCUAUGAAAAAAUUAUCCAAGAGGAAGAGAGUUACAGAAGGUUCCACCCGCAGAUGGGUUCAGCCGAUACUCUUAGAUCCGUGCGGGCGGCCGGUGUUCCCUAUUGUGUUGGAUGGGUUGACGGUUUACAGUCUUGGAGAGAUUGUAUCGGACCGGAAAAGCUUCCAUCACAAAGCUGCCAUUUAUCCUGUAGGUUUUUGUAGUACAAGAGUUUACGUCAGCAUGAGGAACCCUGAACAGAAGUGUCUGUACACGUGUCAGAUCAAAGAUGGCUGGUCCGGGCCCAAGUUCGAGAUUGUGCCGGAGGAUGAUCCUCAGAAUUCCAUUAUUUCCGUCUCGGCCGCUGAAUGUCACGCCACCCUUCUGAAAAACAUUGCCGCUGUCCGAGGACAACGGGUCACAUCUCCGGAAAACGCCGGUGCCUAUUUCUUCGGCUUCUCACACCCCACUAUUCAGCAUUUAAUACAAAGCUGCCCUGGGGCCCGCAAAUGUGCAAGCUACGAGUGGGUGAAGUUUGAAGUAUGGAAGCCGGGUGACGGUCCCGUUCCACAGGAGCUGUCUGAGAAUAGCGCCUCAAUAAACUUUGAGGCUUUCCAAAGACAGUCGUUUGAUGGGAUUAAACCAGACAAUGUGCUAGCAGGAACGCUGGAUCUCCUGGAAAUCCAGGCCUCACACGAUUAUAUCUCCACGUACCAGGAAAUGUUUCUGUCUCCCUCCCAGCAUCUGAAAUCCUCCUCUAACCACUACAGUCCGUCAGAGUCUCCAGAGUGAGGAUGCACGACGCGUUUCGCUUCUCUCGUUUUAUUUGUGUACCUCUCAUAUCUCUAUAUUUAUUUACAAUAAACCCACGUGUCUCACA